UCAGAAAUUAGACUAGAUUUGCCAUCUAGUCAUGCAUUUUAUCAUGCAAAUUACAGUUUCUGUGCAUUUCUCACAAUUAAGCGCUACAUCUGAGAUAAGGGAUGAUUUUGGCGUACGCUAAUGCAUUAAGCUCUACUCUCAAAAGAGAACACAAACACUUGCCCUCAAGGAUGGCUAAAAACGGUUAGUCUGUCAGCUACAAACAUGUUGAUCUAAUUUAGUACUUUAAAGUCAAGGUUUCAACACAACUUAUCUUGUCACAGAUGUUUACUCUUCCAACACAGUGCAAUAUGUUUAUUGGCAAGGCCCUUGAUUCUGAAUGAAGGUUUAAAGCACUGUUUUUUUUCUUUUUUCCUUAAAGAGCCUGGUGAGGGUAAGGGAUUAUCUAAAUAUGAAAGGUGACCCACUGCUUAUUCUCUUCAGGAAAUGCAACUUUCUGUAUCACCUAGUAAAUCUAAAAUGUCUCUUGAUGCAUGAAGCAGCCUGAUCAGUUUAACCAGAUAUUUGCAGUCAAAAAAGUGAAUACGGCAAAGAUAAGAAUUUUGUGGUUUGAAUCCCAUCCAAAGUAAUUAAAACAUAACAAAGACGUGAGCUAUUUUUAGAAAAGAGCUCCUAAAAAUAAACUCCUUCGCCUUCCACAAACAGAAACACGGAAUGCUGGUUGGGAACAUUCCAGUUUGAUUAGUACUUUUGUCCAAGACGGAUAUUGCGUUAACAUCCUCAAGUUACAAGUGACUCAGUUUUGCGUAUCUCUGAACUUACACGUACACUCAAUCCUUAUUUUUACUACUUUGCAUGUUUUUAUUGCAAAAAAAAAGUCAUCAAAAUAUUCAUGAACACAAAUGGAAGUUUUGGGAAAUGGAAUUAUUAGAUCAGAAAGUGUUGAGCAAUCCUUAUAUUUUAGUUUCUAUUCGUCUGCAGUAGUUUAUACACACAAACACACAGUUAAAUAAACAUCAAGUUUUAUUUCAUGAAAGAUCAUUUGAGAAAGUACUUCAGUGUUCCUGCCAACAAGACUUGCACCACGGCCACUCGAAUGCUGAUACAAGGCAACAAAUCAGACGUUCCCCUGCUGAUGGUCCCGCCCACAAGCACAGUCCUUGGGUAUAAAAGCAGCACACUCCAAGACGACAUGUUUCAGUUCAGUUGAUAGUGAAGGAUAGAUUGGCAAAAAUGAGAAAUUCCACAUCAGAUUCGAGCAAGGAGCCCUUGAUCUACUUCGGGGACCCUGAUACGACUGCAGAAGAGAGCGAAAUAAAGAAAACAAAAUGGACAUCAAGAAUGCUGUUCAAGACGUUUCCCAUGAGAGAAUCACACCGAGCCACGCCACAGAGAAAAUCACACGGGCCAACUGCUGAAGAAGUCACUCGAUGGGCACAAUCUCUGGACAACUUAUUGAGCUGCAAAUAUGGAAUAAUUGCUUUGCGACUUUUCAUGAAGUCUGAACACUGCGAGGAGAAUAUGGAGUUCUGGUUGGCCUGCGAAGAGUUUCGAAAGAUCAGGUCGAGAUCAAAACUCAGAUCGAGGGCAAAAACAAUAUACGAAGAAUUCAUCAAGGCAGAGUCUCCAAAGGAGAUCAACUUGGACUUCCACACCAAGGAGUCCCUCCAUCAAAGCCUUCUGAUCCCAACACAGUCUAGUUUCAAAGCAGCCCAGAGCAGAGUUUACUUCUUGAUUGAGCACAACUCGUACCCGCGGUUCAUGGACUCUGAACUCUACCGUCAACUAUGCAGAAUUGCUGCAGGAGAGCAAUAACAUUCUCAGUUGUUGCAUUUAAACAAAUGGCUGGUCCGUUUUAGAAUGCUACACGCAUCUACUGUUUCAUGUCCUCCUUAGUGGUUAUGCUAUUAUAAUUUCAUUGUAUUUAAAUAUUGCAUAUUUUGCACAGAUUUGUAAAUAUUUAAGGUGUCAGGGUGUGAGUGGUCAUAUAAUGAAGCAGCAUCUAUGUUUUGAAGUUGUACUAUAAGAAUUUUUUUUAUUUAUUUUUGCUUUUUAAUGAAAGAGCUAAACAAUAAAUUUGGAUACAUUUC